ACCAGUCACUUCCUGAGCAAUAAUCUGCCUGUUAGCAGCAGAUAGAUUCUCAUUGUUUGCCACUUCCACUUUCCAGUAAUGAGAACGAUUACUUGACCAAUAUCUAGCCAGUUUCUGCCGAAGUUCUGGAAAAACCUACAGCUUUUCAUAGCAAAGUUGCAUUAUUGGUUUCUUUCCAAAAAUCAAAACUUCUGUGAUGCUUUAGGACUGCAAGGCAUAACCAACCAGAGCUGAUGAUCAUUUUAUUCUGUAACUAGGUGACUGCUCUCCAACGACAAGAUGUAUUUUGCUGUGCUGGUGAUUCUCUUACACUGUCCAAGUUUAAAAGCUCAAGAUAGUGUUAUUACCAUCAACAAAGUUGAACUCACUGUGCCAUCCCAAAAGGUGAAGAAUGGAAUGUCAAUUGAACUCACCUGUAUUGUGGACAUUAGCAAAAGCGCCAGUUUCUGGAUGCAGCAUGCUUUUUUAUUUUACAAGGAUGACAGUCUUCUGUAUAAUACCACAUCGGAGCAAGACAGAGCACAUUACAAAAUAUUUCCAGCUCGAUUUGCAGAUUCGGGAAGCUAUAAGUGCUCUGUGAAGGCAAACGGGAAGAUUAAAAGCAGCGAUGAUUUGGAUGUUCAAGUUGAGGGGCUGUCCCAGCCAAAACUGACUGCCCUGAAAACAGAAUUAAAGGAGGGUGAAGUUGUGACUUUACGGUGUGAAGAACCAGAAGAAAAGCCUCCCUUCAUUUUCGUGUUCAAAAAACUAUUGCCCAGUCAACUGCCACAAGUGAAAAAGAAGCAAGAAUUAAAAGAAAACUUUGCAUCUGUUGAAUUUCCUGUUGAAGAGGGGGAUCGAAUAUUGCGUUUUCAAUGUAUUGCCCAGGUUAAUUCAGCAGUCGGUUCUGAAACGUCAGAGCCCAGUAACGUGACACUUGUUACAGUUGUGGAACCGUUUUCACAUCCUAAACUGACAUCCAAGUCCCCACGGAACGUUACAGAGGGAGACAAAAUUGACAUUGUGUGCACAACAAUUCUAGCCCGGGAAUAUGAAAUUGAAAUCCUCAUCCAGAAAGACAGAAGAAUACUGAACAGUGCACGCGGUCAGAAUUCUCUGACCUACUCUGCAAUAGCCACAGUAGAGAACAAUGGCAAUUACACGUGCAAAGUGGAACUGGGGAGAGUGUCCAAAACCACCAGCAUGCACAUAGUUGUGGAAGAGUUGUUUGCCAAGCCAAUAUUGACUCCUUCUUUGACUGACCUAGAUGAAAAUCAGAGGUUAAGCCUGUGGUGCCAUAUUAAUGGCUCUCCUAAAGCAAACUUCUCUAUCAUAAAGAGACCUCCAGAGAACGGCGUCUUGUUGAAAACUUCCAGCAACUUCACUAUUCAAGCCCAGGUGAAUGACACCGGGUCCUAUGUUUGUAGGGCUGAGAUAAAAGGGAUCAUCAAGGAGAGUAACCCUGUCCAGAUAACUGUUUACGCUCCAGUCUCUGAGCCAGUUCUUUCUGUUGCCAACUCAUCCACGGAGAUGGUGUUAGGGGAGACCCUACUCCUACGCUGUCAAUCCAUGUCUGGAACUCCACCUAUAAACUAUACGCUCUUCAGAGGAAACAGACUUAUUCACACCAUCACAGUAUUUAAUAAUACAUAUGCUGAAUUCAGGGACAGACAAACUAAAUUAAAUAAUCUGAGAGAAUACAGAUGCGAAGCUAGCAACCGUCACUCCCAUGCGAAGAGAAGUAGCUACAAGAUGAACAUCACGGUGAUAGCUCCCAUUAGGAACAUAAGCUUUGGAAGUUUACCCCAUGGGGAAGUGGAAGAUGGUGGAGAUAUCAACUUUCUCUGCAUCGUAGGCGAAGGAUCUUUGCCAAUCGACUUCAGAAUUUUUAAACAAAAUGACCAGAAACCUUUAUUUUAUGAAAGCAAAAUGGAAACCAGAGUCGUCUGGCAGAAGAAAUCAUUGAGUAAGCAGGACGCAGGGAAAUAUUUUUGCGAAGCCUCCAACAGAGCCAGGGUUACUGUGCGAAGCAACUUGCUAACCGUUAAAGUCAUCCUGGCUUCAUGGCAGAAAGGGUUUAUCGCAUUAUUUGUCUUGGCUGUAAUUGCCAUAGCAGCUUCUGGUUUCUGGUGGUACUGGCGUAAGAAGGAAAAGGCUAAACAUCCUUCCAUGGAGAUGUCUGGAUCCACAGCAGCCACUAAUUCGACUAGUGAGAAACUGGAAUCUGGACAGAACCAUUAUACAGAACUCUAUCCUGGAUCAGGUUACAUUGAAGACAGUGAAAGUCCUGUAAAAUCAACAGGUGCAAAUAAAGGAUCUGACCACGAGAGUGCUGAGGUGGAAUAUACUGAAGUUGAAGUGUCAACGUCUGAUCCUUACAAAGCUCCUGUAAAGAAGGGGACUGAUACAGUAUAUAGUGAAAUCAGAAAAGCUAAUAAUGAUUCUGGGGAAAAUAGACACUCUGUGUGAUUUCCUUCUUAAGGAGUAGAGCGAGGGGAUUUCCUGACUGUGACUAUUGGCUCGAGCCGAAGCUUGCGUUCAACUCUGCCUGUGCUCCUGACCUGUGCUAUGUAGCACCUUCAACCAGGAUAUUAGAAGACGGGCCGACUGGCAGGAUUGUUGAUGGAGACUGUGACAUUCUAAACAAAUAUUAAUGGAAAGCAAAUGCUGACGUUAUUACGAUCAUCCAAUCAGGGAACCGGAGCAACACCAUGUGGUGUAAGAGCCCAGCCAAACUAACCACUGCAGCUCAAAUUUAAUGGACAAUCUACCAGUCAAGGAAUGAUACGAUGAAUAGCUUUGAACACCAAACUAAUCAGAGGAAAAGCCAAUUUGUGGAGAGAAUGAGUGGCUAAAUGCCUCAAAUGAAUGAUCACUUGGCUCUGCUGAAAUGCAAAAGACGAAGUACAAGCACUCCAGAAAUAAUGAUAUUAACGUUAUUGAACAAAUACUUUCCGACUAUGCCCCCAGGGUGCUGUUCGGUAAUAUCAUGGUUAUUAAUUAUUAUUACUAGUGCUGUUGUGUUAGCACCCAAAAUGGGCCGGGCACUGGGUAAACACACAGAAAGAGACAGUCCCCGCCCUGAUAUAUUUAUAAUCUGAUUUUAAAAGAAUAAUUGAGAAGCACACAAUGAAAACCAUACUAUGAUCAAACCUGCCCUCAUAAGACUAGAGAGAGUAAGAGAAAGAGAGGAGGAGCCUAUCCAGAGGCUAAACUCUGAGGUCUUUUGCUCAGUCCUUACUCAGGCAAAAUCCUGAUUAUAGUCCUCUAGGAUUUGAUUUGAAGAACAGGGAGUUUUCAAAGGUAACUCUUGAAAAAGAAAAGGAGGGAGGAACUGCCACAUAUUGAGGGACACUGCGGAGGCCCAGUUGCCUCCUGGUCUUAGACAAGAUGGUUGAAUCCCUAAAAGGCAGCUGGUAGAGCUCAGAUACCUGUUGGGACAAGGUUGGAGGCAGUCUCAAGGGUAGGCAGGGUCAGCCCCAGGCUCAGAGGAAGUGUGCCUGUAGGUAUAAGAUCCCUCCCACAAAGCAGGACGGGAGUGUAUUUUUCCUGCCACUUAUUUUAUAUGACUCAGGAGCAUUUGCUUAAAAAAACCAACUGUAGCAAAUAGGAGACUUGUAAAUAACAAUCACAGUAGCACUCUCUCUCUCAGCUAACAAUACACGUUCAGGCCUGGUCUACAUUACAGAGUUAGGUCGUCAUAAGCUGCCUUACGUCCACCUAACUCUGUAAGCGUCUACACUAAAAUGUAGCUCCCAUCGAUGUAACUCACCUGCUACACCGACUUCAUAACUCCACCUCCAGGAGAGGCGUAGCGCUUAGGUCAAUGUAGUUAGGUUGACGCAGUGUUAGUGUAGACAUUGCGUUGCUUACAUUGACUGUUUGUUGCCUUUCAGAAGUUGUCCCACAAUGCCCCACACUGACAGUUAACCCUGUGCAAGUGCUCCUGGUGAGGACAUGCACUGCCGACAUAAGGAGUGUAGGCCGGAAAUGGAAAAGUGAUUUAAUUACUGCGGUGGCUGUAUGUUGACAUGACUUAGGUUGACUUAAUUUUGUAGUGUAGACUUGCUCUCCGGCUCUGAAAGGCAGGGGCCUCCACCUUCCAUCAGCACUCAAGUCCACAUGGGAUACAAAAGAAAACCUCUGUAUUGUUUACAGUCCAUUGGCAGAGCAUUGAAGGUCAUGGAGUGUGUUACAAUAAACAGGCGGAUUUUAAUAGGCAAAUAGGGUUUAUUUUUCAUUGUCAUCUUAAGGUUUGGGGUUUUACUUUGCUCUCUAUCUUCUAAAAAUAAAUCAAGCCUCGUUCUCCACCCAAUUGCAAGGAUGCAACCUCAUGGUGUCACAGAGGAGAACAGCUGGCGUGGACCUGAAUGGGAGGCAUUGUCCUUUCUCAGUGCUCUGGAUUGCCUGUUGGAGCCAAGGCUGCAUAUCUUCUGCACCCUUGGACUUCAGUAAGAGGUUCUGAGCAUGCAGCAUUGAGGCCUUUGUUUGCACCCUUAUCCAUAACUGCUACAUCAAGCAGAAUUCCACAUACACUCUAGCUGCUAACGUGAACUGAGCCCUUGCUGUAUAGAACUUACACAGGUAUUUCCCAAUGCUUGUAAGGUACAGAGUAAGUGAGCCAGGGGACAGUCAGUCCUCCUGGGUUCUGUGGCCAGCUCUGUCAUUGACUUGUCUGGCCUUGACCCAAUCAUUCAUCACUGUUUUACAGUUGGGCAAAAGGAAUUUAAUAUCUCCCUCACGAGAGUGCUGAGUGGCUUCAUUAAUUCAUGUUUGCAAAGCACUCCGAGAUCUUUGUAUGAAAGGUGCCAUCGAUGUGCCAUCAUUAUGAUAAUUUUGAUGAUUUUUUCAAUUACCAAAAUUGAGUCUAGAAGCCAUUACCUGGAGCCAUAUAGAGGCUGCUUUGGUUCUUGAAUGGGCUGCAGUGAAAACACCUCAGCACCCUAUGUAAAUAAUUUUGGCUUUAAUUAAUUGGACCCUGACAUUUUAACAUCUCCUGGCAAACUAGAUGAGAGGAGUUGGAUUUAGGGCUGCAUUUUCCUUGCUUGCAUAAAUUCCUGUUUGCAGCUGGAGAGUAGUAAUGAGAUCUCCUGUAAAAUUCAACAGACUGUCCCAAACAUUUUUAGUUUCUCAUCAAUACACAAAAGAAAAACCUGCUUUGGAAUAAGCUGUGCAUGUUACCUGACUUUUCCCCAGCGAUAUGCCCUUGGGGUUCACAUGGACAGCACACAGAUGUGCAGGAUCAGGAUGUGCAUGUACCACUAAACUUAACCUCUGAGGGUGAGCAUGAUACUUCCCAGGAAAUGGCACUUGUGCAAUACACAGGCAUCCCCUAGAAACUCUGACAUAACGUUAUCGGACAGGAAACACCCUGCUAGGCAUCCCUGUUGCAGUUAAAUACUGUAACUUCUCCUGAUUUAAAUAGCUAUUUGAAUCACCAGGGCUUGUGCGGACAGGGCCCAGGUCUGCUCGCAGGGCCAACUCUGGAUUAAAAAGCACCAUCAGGCCUUUGUUCUUUUCCUGCUGAUCAGGAGCAAUCCAGAGUGUUUCUUUAUCUUCACAUAAAUGAGCCACAGUGGGGAUCAGAAAGUGAAUUUCCUCGUGGGUUUUUUCUUUUCUUUUCUUUUUUUUUCUUUUCUUUUCUUCUCAACAUUGCUCAGGCAACGUAAAAGUGCAGAGAGAAAAGAGAUGGAGAGAUUCUGGCUGUGCCUUCUCGCCUCGUUUUAUUGAAGUACUUCUCUUCUGUAGCUUAUUUUCCUGCAGCACUAUGCUCUGCCAUGCCUCACAGGUAGCAUCCAACCGAGGGGAGUUGCUGACCCUGCCUAUCAAAGCAAAAAGAGUCCUAAUAACAUGAUCAAGUGGCUUAACCUUCCUUUCCAGGCAGUUUUCUACUUUAGAAGUCUGGAGAAGAUCUUGAGGGAGGUGGAAGAUCUCUCUGCAGGGGAGACUGGCCCUGCUGCUGCUCUUGCUGCCCCUGAUAUGUGGAUAGAGGCCUUUGGUCUCCAGGCCUGAAACUGUGGCAUCCUAAUCAAAGGGAACAUGUUCAGGAAAGAAAGUAAUGCCCAGAUAGCAGGUUUCCUGGCUAUAGCUACAUGUCAGAGUGUAGGUCUUGAAAAGAAGGGCUUGUCUACACUACCUGCCGAAUCAGCAGGCAGCGAUUGAUCCAGCGGGGGCCCAUUUAUCACAUCUAGUAUAGACGCGAUAAAUCGACUGCUGAGCACUCUCCCGUCGACUUCGGUACUCCACCAGAAUGAGAAGCGCAAGUGGAGUUGACGGGAGAGCGUCAGCUGUCGAAUUACCACAGUGAAGACACCGCGGUAAGUUGAUCUAAGUAUGUCGACUUCAGCCACGCUAUUCACAUAGCUGAAGUAGCGUCUCUUAGAUCGACCUCACCCGAUAGCGUAGACAAGCCCGAAGACUCAUGAUUUGACAUUUUCAUGGAGAUAAUAUGACACAGUGGGGAUUUUUGUGGCAAUACACCAUACAAAUGUAUGGCGGGGGACAGAUGGGAGUAAGGACUGUGGGACUGAACCCCUAUUUGGAGUCUGGGUUUCAGAGGUGUGGGCACAUGCCUUCCUUUUGACUUCAGCAACGGUUGUGGGUGCUUGAAAUCUGACCCUUGGUGUGUGCUUCUUACUUCAAAUUCAAGUAAUGCUGUCCCACUCGCUUCUAAUAAACCUAUUAGAUUAUGAUGUUCUGCGUUAAUGGUGAGGAAGUCAUAAGGCAAAGCCAAGAACUGCUGCGUUGAAGAAAAAAAAAUGAAGAAAACAGCUUUAUAAUGAGCUCUCCCCCCUUCAUUACACCAACCUCAGCCCCUAAGAAGUUGUGUCACUGUCAGAAUAAGUCUAAUCCAGCAUGAAAACAAUGAAGAACUUUGCUCCCUCCACGCCGUGUGAGGCCACGAUAAAAGUGAGCCCAGUGCUUUAAAAAAUGCCACACAUUGACAACUACAUUGACAUUACACAGAUUCACGGUAAGGUUUUGAUCUCAUUUAAGUCAACGUGUUAGACAAAUCCAGUCGAGGCCUGAAUUAUUUAAAUAGGUUAAAAUCAAAUUGCAGUCCAAGUUCUGAUUAAAGAGGGGCACAGACCAAAGUAACCUGGGCCUGAACACGUUGGACUUGAGGAAUAUUCAGAACUAGAUCCAAACUUUGGGCUUGUGGCCUCUUCUGUGUUUCUUGUCUGCUACAGGAUUUUAGAUCUUAAGUUCCAUCCAUAGGAAGUGUUUGCAAAAGAAAUGGGUGUCUUUGAAUUUUUUUUUACCUAAAGUGUCUGGAGUAAAUUAAUUGAAUUACUAAGAGAGGAACUGGGAGGAGGUUUCCUUCCUGGAAUCAAAGCUGGCAAUCUUUCUAAGUUAUUUAAUGGUCUUAGUUUCUGAAAACAUAUUGAAGGAAAUAUCUUAACAAUGAGAUAGCCACUUCGCCAAAUACUAAUUUGGUAUUGUGCUGGAUUUGCUGCAGCCAUACAUUCUGACUUCUUAUUCUCCCCUGUCAUUUUUACUUGUUUGUUUGUUUUAUUUUGUCCUGGUGGUGAACGUGGACUGAUUAGCAUCACUUAGGACACAUUGUACUUUCAGGUGUACAUUUGUACUAAUACAGAACGUACCAUCCUGGAGACAAAUGUCUCCAAUUCUCCACCCACUUGCAGAACUGAAAAUCUGGCCACUUAUUUAUUAGUCAGUGCCCAAACAUAGAUUUAGGUGCUUAACUAUAGGCAAGCAGUUUGAAAAUGUUAGCGUAAAUAUCAUGGUGUCCAUUUCCUCUCUGUACCAUGGAGAUGUUGAAUGACUUUGAAGAGGAGACAUGAUGAUUGUUUAGCUGAUUGUGCAGCUCUUGGAAGAGUUGUUAUAUUUCAUCUCUUUAUGCAAUUUCAUUGAUCCAAGAGUUUUUUUUUAAUUUAUGCUUAUUAGCUUUUUUCCCCUCCUCAUUGCUAAUAGAGAAUAGAAGGUUCUCCUGAUGCCACUUAACAGAGUCAUCGGAAACAUCAACUGCUGGGAGACAAAAACAAGAUGCGAGAUGAUGUGCCUGUUUCAAAAGCUCUAUGGCACUUAUUUAUGAACCUGCCUGGCUCCUCUCUUCAAUGUUCAUUUCCUCAGGGUGAACAACAGGGACAUUCCUAAAGCAUGUAAUUUUAAAAAAUUACGAAUAAAGGAUUCAAAUGGGAAAGUGCCUAUGGAAACCGAUGACCAAUAUCCCCCACAUGGUUCAUUUCUCUCACUAAAAGAGUUUUGUUUCUCUAUCCUCCAUUUCAUCCUGCUCUGGGGAGGUGGGAGCAUAGAGUAAGAGUACAUUCUGGGCUUUUUAAAAACUUAAUAACUGUACAGAGUUUCAGAACUUUACCAAGUGCCUACAUUAUUAGAAAUACAAAUAUUCCUUGUUCUUUGUUAAAUCACUUCUUGUAUCUAAAAGGUUCACUGCUCAUUGAGCUGGUUGGCAUAUUGGUUCUUUCUCAAAAGAAUGACUGCACAUCACAGUCCAGAUUAGACAAAAUAUAGAUCACAGAUGUUGGGUCCCGGGUCAACAGAUUUGGGCCUGCAGCUAAACCCUUUUCCAAAUCCUAUCCCCAAACUUCAUUAAAGUUCAGAAGCUUAUUUGGGUCCAGAUUGUAACCUCAUACCUGUCCCUACUUUAUCUCUACAAUAUGCCAAACCAACACCUUGCUUCCGUGCUUUUGAAGAUCAGCACCACAUCCAGAUUCCAUCGUGGUGGCUGUUCCCUGUUUCAAUAACAGGCUCUAAGAAAGCUGUGGAUCCAAACACUCCAGUACUUUGGAGAAGUUUGGAUCCAGAUCAGAACUUUGCAGUUCAUACUAAUCUCAGGUUUAUUGAUGCAAAGAAAAUCCAAACAAACAAAAACCCCAAACAGAGAUUUUUUUUUUCAGACUGUAAAGUGGGUCCCGAUCCUGCAAUCUGUUCCCAUGUAUCACUGCAGAUUCAAUUGCAGGAUCAGGGACAUAGAUAAGAAGGCUCUUAUUUUAAAUGACAAAUAGCAUUUAAAAUAAUUAAACCAACAAGGAUCUAAGUCAUUCUUACAGAGAGAUGACAUAUGGACUCAUAUAUAUAUUUACUGCUUUAAGCUCUAUAUCAAAGGCUCUGGAACAGAAAAGAUAUGUAUCUCCUUUAAAAGCAAAGGAUUUCUUCCCUCCUUCCCCCCACAGCUUAAACUGUUCAGUUUCUUACCGACUAGUAUCUUUUUAAUUUAUUUUUCCCUAGGAAAAGGUUGCUUGUAUCAUAAAACAUUUAAACCUUUCACAGACAACACGGGGUUUGUAGCACAUCUCUGUUGGCAAAUAUACAUUCGAGCAUCCCAUCAACCCUCCCACCCACCCCCAAUAAAAUGUUAUUACAGUGAAUUUGGAAUUUGG